AUCUUCUUUCCUUCAUCACUUUUGGCUAAUUUUGGCUCCACAGACAAAUGAUUGCUGAUAAACGAACCGCGCAUAACGCAUUAGAACGACAAAGACGCGAAAAUCUCAACACAAAGUUUCAGGAGCUGGCUCAUACUUUGCCUGGACUACAGACGGUGAGACGACCUAGUAAGAGCAUGAUUGUCAGCAAGUCGUUGGAGUUUGUUUCGCAAGCGAAAUACAGGGAAAUGAAAUUUCAACAUCAUCUCACUCAACUUUACAAGCAACAGCAAAAGUUACUGUCCAGUGAAAAUCAACUGCUAGAAGCACGAUCUUUCAAAAAUCCGUCAGACCAAGCUGCUGCCAUAAAAGCAAGUAAAGUACCAUUCAUUACCAAAGAAUCACCUCCACCCACACCCGAGAGCUCGCUUUCUGGGAGCAACGAAGUGGAUAUUGACGAUGUCGGCCACUCACGUCGUAUGAGCGAGCAUGCUGAACGCUUCAUGGCCGAAACCGCUGGUGACAAUAUGCCUUUUGCCGUGCCUGUUUGCCAACCUCCCCAAUUACCAGAUACCACCGAGUUCCAUCCCAUGUAUUGGCAAAAUUAUCCCGCCAUGUCCCCACUCAUGGGCGCCGACUUUUCCCCAUAUCCAGAAUACCCACCAAAUACAUGACGGUACUGAGCACUGUAUGCCGAUCAAAAGAAAAAAUCCCCCCCCCAACCCAAUUAUAUAGGUUAUUCCUUGUAAUCCUAAAUGUUAUCAUCCCCUCACUUAUUCUUCAUUUUUUGAGAAAACGGAGAUAUUGGGAGAUGUAUUUCAUGACCAUCAAUGUACUUUUAUUUCAUACGAACCCUUUAUGUCAUUUUUGAAUCCUUUGUAGAUAGCUAGAAUGCCUGUUCC